AUGGUCCGAGCUUUUACAACCCAAGCCACAAUGCAGAAGACUAAAUCUUUCCAGUUGAAACGUAUGUUUGAGAUUCCGAGACAUCUUCAGAAUUUGAUCUUUGAGAAUGGGCAGGACGGCGAAGGAGACGGCGAAAAUGUUCAAUUACUGAGUCCAGGCUCCAGGACUGCUGCAGAAGACGGUCCGGUCGAGGCACAAGGAAUGUGGGGAGCUAAUCAUGACAAGGGUACAGCUUCAGAUGGGGACCAAGGAGAAGGGAUAAAAAGUCCUAUAGGCAAGAAACCUUCAGAUAUGGAAAUGAUGAAGGAAAGGUUUUCUAAGCUGCUUUUGGGUGAAGAUAUGUCAGGUGGUGGAAAGGGUGUCUCUUCGGCUUUGGCUUUAUCCAAUUCCAUAACCAACCUAGCAGCAUCUGUUUUUGGCGAACAAAGGAAACUAGAGCCUAUGUCUCCUGAUAGGAAAGCGAGGUGGGUGAAAGAAAUCGGCUGGCUUUUGUCUGUGACAGAUCACAUCGUUGAAUUCGUGCCUUCACAACAGAAUGGAACAAAUAUGGAGAUUAUGGUGACUCGGCAAAGAAAUGAUCUGCACAUGAACAUUCCUGCCCUACGCAAGCUUGAUGGAAUGCUCAUUGGCCACCUGGAUAGCUUUGGAACUCCAAGUGAGUUCUGGUAUGUGAAAAGAGAUGCUCAAGACUCUGAAAAGGGUGAUGAUGCCCCAAGAAAUGAAGAGAAAUGGUGGAAACCCACUGUUAAAGUCCCCCCCGAAGGGCUAUCAGAUGAAUGUCGAAGAUGGCUGCAAUCUCAGAAGGAAUCUGUGAACCAAGUACUAAAAGCAGCAAUGGCGAUUAACGCUCAAGUACUUUCAGAAAUGGAGAUACCUGAUAACUACAUUGAAUCCCUCCCUAAGAAUGGUAGAGCCAGCCUGGGUGAUUCAAUCUAUAAGUGCAUAACAGUGGACUGCUUUGAUCCUGUCGAAUUUUUUGACACCAUGGACUUGUCCACAGAGCACAAAGUGCUUGACCUCAAAGACAGGAUUGAGGCCUCUAUUGUCAUUUGGAAGAGGAAGAUGAACCACAAGGAUGGAAAGUCUUCAUGGAGUUCAGUUGUGAGCUUGGAGAAGAGAGAACUCUUUGAAGAGAGAGUGGAGACCAUAUUACUCCUAUUAAAGCAGAAGUUCCCAGGAAUUCCACAAUCUGCUCUUGACAUAAGCAAAAUUCAAUUCAAUAAGGAUGUGGGGUAUGCUAUUCUAGAGAGCUAUUCAAGGGUAAUAGAAAGCUUGGCCUUCAACGUCAUGUCUAUGGUUGAAGAUGUUCUUUAUGCUGAUAAUCAAGCUCGAAAGGCGUCAUCAAACAGGAGGCUUUCAGUGGACUCAUCAUCACCAUUUACAGAUAAUGGGAGGUCCCCUUAUGCUAGGGAAGACGCGGACAGGUUGAGUUCUUCAGAGACACCAACAAAGACACUCUUUGAGUUCAUGGGCUGGAAUGCAGAAACAGACGAGACUGAUAUGGAGAAGGAUAGCUCCACGGGCAAUAAGGAGAGCUACUUUAAAGAAGACACUGACAAGAGUAUGAGCAAACCUCCUGCUAACAUAAACACCAAGAGAUUUUCCUAUUUAGAGAAGCUUGAGAAGUUGAGUGGUCUAAGAAGUCCAACAGCUCGGCAUUGA